CUAUUUCAUGUAAUUUGGCAACACUGUUCAUUUGCGUCAAAAGUGUGUAUUGCGUGAAAAAGUGUUUGCUUCGGUGCAAAAUGUUUCGACUCUAAUAAGAAAAUUAAAUAACAUGAAAUAAAGCGAUUUUGAUAGAACUCGUUAAAAUACCAAUUAAAAGGAUCCAGCUGAUUUUCUCGAAUUGCUUGACGUUAUUAUUGGUAACAAUGAAAUAGUUGGCACUCAUGUAUGCUAGUUAAACUUUCCCAACAUACUUAAGCGUCCUCUCAUUUGGGCCUUUUUUGUUGUAUAUAAAACGUAAGCUGGCCUUGCUUUAACAUUUGUGUACUUGCUUGGUUUGUAUUGAAAAAAGAUGGGUCAGGUGUUUCGAUCAGGGUCAGCAUUGCUUUCACAUCGUGAUGGCCAUAAAGUAUCCAAGGCCACAGAGGCACGUAUUCAAACGCUUUUUGAAAUUUUACGGGCCAAUCCAAAGGUAUCCAUCCAGACCUUGGAAAGUCUUCUGUUGCAAAUUCCUAAGAACGAAAAUAUUCUUGUAAUACAUGAUGAUUGCGGUUAUAACAUACUUCAACGCAGUGUGGGUCUGAAUCACAUCGACCUCACCAAGUGGUUGCUACACCGACACAGGCCCGACGUUAAUCGUAGUCCUUGUUCACUGCCAUUGCAUAUAGCCUGCUUGAAGGGUUAUGAAGAGUGCGUCGAAUUGCUUUUAAAGCAUGGUGCUCGAAUCGACACAGAUUCACGUAUGUGCUUUCCUGGUGUACAUUCGCACAAUUGUGAGGAAAGCGGCAAGUACCAUGGCAAUUAUGAUGAUGUGGGUGCUGCUCCAAACGUAUGCGAACGCGCAAAUACAAAGUUACAGAACGCCGUUUGCUAUGCUAUUGAUGGUGAUCAAAUAAAUGUGUUAAAUAUAUUAGCGCAAAAAAUGGAAGAUCCUUGGGUACCCUUUCGUGUUAAAAAACCACUUUUACAUUUGGCCUGUGAACGUGGUGCUUGGAAUUGUGUACAGCAAUUGGUUAUUACACGUUCAGAAGAGAUUAAUUUAAUUAAAGAUGAAUACUAUCCUAUUCAUCAGGCUGUGUUGCAUGAGGGACGAUUUUUAGAGCUUCUGAUACAGCAUGGUGCCGUAACAACUGUACGGACGUGUACACAACAAAUGACACUCCUGCAUGUUGUUAUUUUUGCGGCGCGAAAAUCCGCUGAAGAUACCUUAAGUACCUUAAGAAUUUUAUUAGAGCGUGGUUGCAAGGAACUUAUCAAUGAACCGGAUUCUCUAGGCAAUACGCCACUUCAUGCCCUUAUAGUACGUUAUGCUUUAGAGGAAGCACGAUAUGGCUACGAUAAGUGGAGUAAAUGGGAUGUGUUACAUCUGGUACGUUUUCUAUUACAAAACGGUGCUAAGAGUUCAAUUAACCAAACCGGCAAUAGUGCAUUGGCGUGUGUAUUCCGGCAUGUGCGUGAUUGGGAAGUGUGUUUUGAAUUACUUAACAUGCUAAUCAAAGAAGAUGGUGACCCGAAUAUUGUGGGACGUGAUGGUUCAGUACCAAUAAUGGUGUUGCUUGUGCCGUUGAUCAAUAAGGAUCAAUUGCAUCAUUUUACGCAUUCUAUGAAGGUAUGCUAUUUGAACUGCAUUCGCAUUUUACUGCAAUAUGGUGCCAAUCCCAAUUGCUCGUAUCGCUCAAACUUGACACCGCUUCAUGUAUUGGUAUUUACUGUUAGUGAAAACUUUACGCUUAAUUGUGAUGCACAAAAACGAACAAACUUCGACUUUAUUAAGAAUAUAUUGUUAUUAUUAUUACAACAUGGACUUGACUGCAAUCAAACGUAUCCACAUAUACUGCAAGCAGUGUGCGAUAUGGUGCAAAAUGUGCGCAACUGUUCUGAUAUGCAGUGCAUCUACGAAUUAUCACUUACACUGAUACAGUACGGCGCUGAUCCUAACAUUGUAUUGAGUAGUCAAGCGACAACAGGCAGCGCUAUAUUCUCCAACGAAAUUGCCAGCUUUGGUGAGGCGCUUUGCAGUGGUGGCAGUAAUAAUGGCGCUGGCGCCGGCUCAAGCAACGGUGGUGAAGGCACAUUUCGCAACUCGUUUCGUACACACUCCCGUUACCUGCUGUUUUAUUAUAUAAUUUUGAUUACCAAAAAGGAAUUCAUACUGAAUGAUCCAGCGCUGACAUUUACGCGAAUCAUACACUUGUUUUUCCUAACAAUGCAACAUGGACCAUUAUAUAAUUGCCUUAAAUCGUUGCACAAUUUCUACGUGGCGCAAGUGCCAAAUAAAAAGACCGAACAACUGAUAACUCUAAUCACGUCAUUGUAUCGUAAGCCGCGUAGUCUCAAACAAAUGGCGCGUAUUGCCAUCUACGAGGCGGUCAAUCGCAAAUUGGCUCAGAAUGUCAUUCGCCUCAAUUUACCAGGUCCACUGAAGGAAUACGUGCUGCAGUUCGAGAGAUAACAAGUGCAGUUCGCAAUGAAGUCGUGCAGAAAUGCAUCAGUAGUCGAUACAACUCCCCUAUUCCCACUUUAUACCCCAACUUCCCAUUUCAUUACAAACAAACAAUCAUUUAAUCCAGCAACGAUCUACACAAAUCAAUUGACUAAAUAUUAGUUGUUAGAAAACAAAUGUAAUAAUUUAAGGCUUAAUGUACCUAAUACUUGAAGUGAGCGUGAAAUGUAGAUUUUUUCGAGGGUUACGUAUUAAAAAGAAUAAUCAGCAAAUGUUCAAAAAUAUACACACAUACAUACAUAUAUACACAUAAGUUGAGAUAUCGAACCUGUUCUAAAAAGUUGUGAUAAGUUUUAUUAUUAUUUCAUAAUGCAUAUGUGCGAGUAUAUAAAUAAAUAUAUAAACAUACAUAUGUGCAUAUGCAUAUGUUUUUGGAGGUAUCGAAUAAAUUCAAUUUAAUAAAACUAUUGUUCA